GCUGUCCUGAAAAGUAUGGGGGAGGCCGAGGCGGAGAGGCAGAAGACGUCGUGUUCCCUACGCCGACGGAGCAGCCGACGAGACUCGCGAUGGCUCAAGACAAGAAAACCAUCCCCAAUGGCAUCAAAUUCCUCUUCGGCGGUCUUGCGGGGAUGGGCGCAACCUGCUUCGUGCAGCCCCUGGAUCUGGUCAAGAACAGAAUGCAGGUCGCGACAAGCAAAGAGCACAAGACCAGCUACCAUGUUAUACGACAUGUCAUAAAGAGUGAAGGCUUCACAGCGCUUUACUCUGGCCUCUCGGCUGGCCUUCUGCGCCAAGCCACCUACACUACCACACGCCUUGGCAUCUACACAUGGCUCUUUGAGAAAGCCUCAGGACCCAGUGGUGAACCCCCAAACUUCUUAGUCAAGGCAGUCUUAGGCAUGACAGCAGGUGUAGCUGGGGCCUUCGUUGGCACUCCUGCUGAGGUGUCCCUCAUUCGCAUGACCUCAGAUGGCAGACUACCCCUGGCUGAGAGGCGCAACUACAAGAAUGUGUUUGAUGCACUACUGAGAAUGGCGCGAGAGGAAGGCGUGUUCACCCUAUGGAGAGGAGCUAUUCCUACCAUGGGCAGGGCCAUGGUUGUGAAUGCAGCUCAGCUAGCAUCAUACUCACAGGCAAAGCAGGCUCUUUUGGGGACAGGUUACUUCCGAGAGAACAUCUUCCUCCACUUCUGUGCCUCCAUGAUCUCUGGUCUCGUCACAACGGCUGCCUCCAUGCCUGUCGACAUUGCCAAAACCAGAAUCCAGAACAUGAAAAUAAUUGAUGGCAAGCCAGAAUACAAGGGUGCUCUGGAUGUUCUCGGCAAGGUGAUUCGGAACGAGGGCUUCUUCUCACUCUGGAAAGGUUUCACACCAUACUAUAUGCGUUUAGGACCCCACACCGUCCUCACUUUCAUCUUCCUCGAGCAGAUGAAUCUCGUCUACAAGAAGCAUGUAUUAGGAGAUUCCUCAGCCAAGGGAGGAGGCCUUUAAGGGACCCCACUGGUGGUGUAGUUGCAGUGUAGUGGAUUGUAUUCAUGUAGAUUUGUUCUUUUGCUUUCUAUCAUUAACCUUUUUUUAUGAAUUUAUUUCUAGAGUAGAUAUCUGAAAUUUUGUGGAUGAAACAUGACAGUGAUUUAUUUUUAUUUAUUUUUAGUUAUAAUUGAGCUUUUUUAUUAUGAAAAUACUGCAUUCUACUCCAUUUAUGUGUGCAGAUAUUUAUAAGGGGCCAUAAUUCAAUGCCCUCCCCACUCCUGAAGUGGAGAAAAAAAAAAAUAAAUAAAAUGCCUUUUAAAGCUUGUAGGAAUGGAUGUAGGAAAAGUAGGAAAAUUCCUUGUUCAGAAAAAUUCAAGAUUUUCACCUAUUUCAGUAGAUAUCACAAACUUAACAUCACGUGUUGCAUAAGCACAGGAAGCAACACAACCUGGGCUGUGUCCUAUGUUGCCAGUAUCUAACGAGUAUUUUUACGAGUUUUGUUUGGAUGCUGUAUGGGCUUGACUAAGAGUCGAGAGUUGAGAGAGGGAACUCCUCUGACUUCCUUUCCAACACACAAAUGGCUAGAUCAGUUUGUCAAAUUUACAGAGGGUAAGAUAGGGAGCAGGUUAGAAUAGGAGGAUGCAUUUGAUGGGAAUGAGCUCUUUCAAAUUCUAUCAGCUGAGAAUCCUUUAUAAGUUCUGGGUUCUGACAUGGGAGAGGACUUGUGCUCGUUAUCCCCAACAAUUAAAGGUUAUAUGGAAUGAUGCAAUACAAAACAAUACUUAAUUCUAGGAGUAGAUGAAGUGCAAGUUAGAUAAUGUAGAUGUGAUGUGGUCUGAUGUAAUAUAAAAAAGUACUGAAUUGUGAAUAGUUAAUGUAAAUGUUUAAAUCUAGAGAAAAUUUAUAGAGAGUUUAUUGGCCAUUUCCUAGCCAUGAUGUAACAGGAAGAAAAAUGAGUGUUGGAACUUCAGUCAUUUGUAGUGAAUUUGAUAGUUUGUGGAAGAAUGGUGACAUACACAGAUAUUAAGUAUAUAUGAUUGUUAUCAAUACUUUUUUCUUUUCUUUAUUUUAGAGAGCUUGUAGAGGCAUGUGGUCAUUUAUUCAUGCCUGAAAAAGAAAAUGUUCACCCAAAAAUAUUGGGAAAGAAUAUUGGUUGGUGGUGGUUGAUCUGACUUGAAAUAGGAGUGUCCAGAGAUGGGAUUGAAUGAUGCUGUUAUGUGCAAAAGAGGUCUGGAGAUCCUCACAUAAAAAGAACCAUAGGACGUUCCCAUGAGGCCCAGGAUUCAAACUUUAUUAUGGCUGUCGUCAUUUCUCCUGAGAUGUACCUGGUGAUAAUCUUUAAAGGAUUCUCAUGGUACCCUUUUGUGACUUCAUCAGUUGUACCAUUGUUGUUAUUUUGUAUACUGUUAUCCGUUAAUCUAUUCAGCUGUUCGACUUGGUUUUAAAUCCAAGUCCAAGGGGAAUUUCUCUCUAAAACUCUCGGAGAAUAUUGUUUCAUAGCUAUGAUGUUGAUUUUUUUUUUUUUUUUUUUUUUUUUGUAAAUGAACUACUUGUCUUCCCUAUCAGUCUCUGAUAUUAAAGGAAGCUGCCACAUGUGAAGUAAUGAUAAAAUAGCAGUUAACCACAGGACAGUGGUUUCUGAAAGCACUGGGAUAUCCUGACCAUGGAAGCUGUGGCAUUAUAUUUUUGUAAUGGUGCAACGCUUACUGGGACAUUGACUUAAAAAAACCUCUUUUAGUGUGUAAAACGUACUGUGGAAGGACAUCAUCAUCAUGUGCCAUUCAUCAUGACAUCCACCGCACAGGAGGACCAAUGAGAGUGCUUACUUCUCGUCAUUUUUCUUAUCUUUGCCAAAGUACAUAUCAAAACAUUUUCGGGAGGGUACUAUGUGGCUGUUUUUGUACACUCCAUUUUCAUGUUAACUUUGAAAAAAAUAUAACCUCUACAUAUUACCUGAUCAGUUACAGUUUUGCAUCCAAACAGAAUUCAUGUAUGUUGGAAUUUAGCCGUGAUACCUCAUAGUUGCAUUUAUAUUCAUCAAGCACAAAGAAAAAAAAAGUUAUCUAGUGUUAUUAGUUUUUAAAAAGUGUAUGUGUGUGAUGGCAGCCACUGGUACUGCUUUGGUUGUUUGUUUCAUUAUCUCAAUCGGUUUGUUGACAGAUUAAACGUUUUUAUUGGUCCUUGUACAGAUGCACUCCAAAAUACUUAUUUUUCUCACAGUUAUUUUUACUUUUAUUUCAUAAUUGUACAGAAAUUUAAAAUAAUUUAAAGUCAGUGACUUGACUGUAAAUAAAGACAGCAAAAAAAAAGAAGUUAUAAAUGUUGAUAUUAACAAAAUAAAACUUGAGAAUA